GCCGUACGCCAGUACAAUUUUAGAUCUCGAGCGAGCGAGUUCGUCCGGAACAGAGAGCUGCUACAACCGAUGAAAGCCGUAUUUGUUGGAUAGAAACGCGGACUCAGAGAUUGCCAUUUUUGUCGCAGUGCACCAGAGGAUCAUGUACAUUUACCCCAGCUCCCCGGAAUCAGCAUCGUCCUUGCAGUCCGAAGAGAGUGCGGCCAUUAAGAUUCAGGCCGGAUUUCGUGGCUACCGCGUGCGCAAAGAGAUUCAUCGAUCCAGCAAGAACCCCCAUCCCAGGCGGAAUCAGCGACAGCGUCCGAAGAACAACGCCCUCAUGGAAAACCAGGACAAUAAGGGAAAUCCACGUCCCAGCGCCGAGGAUCAGCAUACGGGCUCCGAGAAUGGUGGCAAAUCCGUGGAGGAUCGCAGUGCCACCAAGAUACAGGCGGGAUUCCGGGGAUUCCUGGUGCGAAAGAAGCAGAAAAUCGCCACCGAUGCGGCCGUUAAAAUUCAGGCUGGCUUCCGGGGAUUCAAAACACGCAAAGAAUUGAAACAAUGCGAGCCCAUUGUGUAAUGACUUCCACAACUCUGAUUUCUACUGUACAUACAAAUAUGUGUAUUCAAAUCCUACCGCUUAGUUCAAUACGUGUCGUGUAAAUAGAUUAAUAUUAACUGAUAGCUUCCAGAAGAAUAAAAUACUCUUACUCAAGAAACCGCAAUCUUGAAAGACAGCACUAUCCAUUAACGAGA